AUGGAUCUGAAUGAGGAAGACGAGAGCGUAAAUGAAAGUGGUAGGCUGUUCUUAGUCACCGCGGGUGCACCGCGCGAUCCUUUAGUAUCAGCUGGUGCAAUCGUAGCAUCGGCAACGAGUGUCCCGGACGAUAUCAACCAGGGUGACGACCUGCAGUCGAGUGCCUUGGCCAGUCUGAUCGGCAGCGCGCAAUCCACCUCGGUUUGCUUCCCUACGAAAUUCACGUUUGAUUUCUCGACUAGUUCUGAAAGCGAAGAAAGGCCAUCCUGCGUCAUCGGCAAGAGAAAACAGCGUAGAUACCGCACCACAUUUUCCAAUUUCCAACUAGAGGAGUUAGAACGUGCUUUUCAGAAGACACAUUAUCCGGACGUAUUUUUUCGCGAGGAGCUCGCAGUUCGUAUUCAAUUGACAGAAGCUAGAGUACAAGUGUGGUUCCAAAAUAGGAGAGCAAAAUGGCGCAAGCAGGAGAAGCAGUGCAAAAUCGCGACUCACAUGACGUCACAUUUACCAUCGUCCGAUUGUCAAGAUAUACAGCAACAUCAAUCGCAGCAACAAUCAGAUCAUCUGUUAUUGGAAUCACCAUGCAGUCCGCCUCCUAUAUACCUCGGUAUGGAAUGGGCGGGUUUCUCUCCUUAUAACAACACAGACAGCGCGUCAUCUCUUAUCAUGAAUAAGCCACCAGAUGCAGAGGCUGAUAAUAAUCCACUGCUCGAUCCAGAAUUAUUACAACUAAAACCUCCACGUUCUUAAUAAUAUUAAGAUUAUAUAAAUAUAUAUAAUAUAUACAUAACACACACAUAUAUUACUCGCAAUAUGGAUAAUACUCGUUUCUGAGAAGAGGGAGAAUUACGUUUCCUGAGAAGAGAAAAAGUUAUGUGAUAUAUUAGACAUAAAUAGAAAGAAUAACAAACUUAUAAUGAUGUUAAGCAAAGAAAAUAUUUGUGAUGCAUGAAUGCAAAAUUGCAUGAAAAUUUAUAAAUUAUUACUAUGGAUUAUCUCAAAUCCUGACUGAAAUGUAUU